AUCUUUUUCUCUGCGAUAUUUUUUCUUGAACUACGAGUCCUUAGCCCAAUACAAUCUUUGAUCAGCCCAGCCUUGGCCUGGCUUGAUACAUACAGACCAACCAACCACAAGGUUCCGGCGCAGGAUGAUUCUCUCCGCCAACGUUUCCCUCACGGUUCUGCUGGCUGCUGCCGCUCAGCAUGUAGUUGCAGCUCCCCAACGGAACAGCAACGGAACCGCCCGGCAGGCCCCUAGCAACGAAGAUGGCAACGGCAAUGGGAUUGUCCGCGUACAAACCGUUGCCAAUCCGGCGCCAGCACCUUCCGCAAUCCCCUCAGAGGUCCUGGCAUCCCAGCAAUCGAGUGCUGCGGCUGUCGCAUCCGCCGUCGCCGCCGCCAACGAAGCUGCAGCAGCUUCGGGUCUAAAGGAGCUCCCUGGCUUGCAAGCCGACGAGUCUCCGGCAUCGCUUCUGCCACUGCCCGCAUUGGCCAAUGGCGAUGCCAUCACUCCUCCGGCCGGAGCGGAUUCGUCUACGACCGUCACCCCAGGCCCGACCGAGGUGGCAUCGCAGUCGGAUGUGGCCGAGACGCAGAGUCUUGAAGGAGGGCUGCGCCAGUUACCGGGACUCGGUGCGGGAGCGGCUAGCCCUAGCUCUUUAGCGCCGCUUCCGACUCCCCCCAGCGUCGACACCUCGGUAAGUCACGUCGGCCGCGUUGAAGGAAUCCACCCCGUAGACUGAGACACUUUGACUUUCGGCAGGCC